CUCUAGUUGUUUGGAGAAGCCGGAAGUGAAUUCAGAAAAACAGAGAGGGGGACAGUUAGUGAUCCACACGAAGAGCUUGGCAAAGACUGAACUGAAAACUACUGCCGUCUAAUCGUCACACUUUCUCAAGAAGCACCAGCCAGCAGCAGAACUGGAUCAUGUCCAGCAUGGAAAAGAAUUUGUUUAACCUCAAGUUUGCAGCCAAAGAACUUCAGCGGAGUUCCAAGAAAUGCGACAAAGAAGAGAAAGCGGAGAAGGCCAAGGUCAAGAAGGCAGUCCAGAAGGGCAAUAUGGAGGUUGCCCGGAUACAUGCGGAAAACGCCAUUCGCCAGAAAAACCAAUCAGUGAACUUCCUCAGAAUGAGCGCAAGAGUGGAUGCAGUGGCUGCGCGUGUACAGACAGCAGUCACCAUGAACAAGGUCACCAAAUCUAUGGCUGGGGUGGUGAAGGGCAUGGAUGCAACCCUGAAGAGCAUGAACCUUGAGAAGAUUUCAGCUCUAAUGGAUAAGUUUGAGCAUCAGUUUGAAACUCUGGACGUACAGACGGCUCAGAUGGAGGACACAAUGAGCAGCACCACAACACUCACUACACCACAGGGUCAAGUCGAUGCUCUGAUGAUGGAAAUGGCGGAUGAGGCCGGGCUGGACCUCAAUAUGGAGCUUCCUCAAGGUCAGACAGGAUCAGUGGGAACCAGCGUAGCGUCUGCAGAACAGGACGAGCUCUCUCAGAGACUGGCCAAACUCAGGGACCAGGUUUAAGGAGAGCCGGGUGUGUGUAUGUGUAUGUGAAAGAGAGAGAUUGUGUAUAUGCAAUUUUGUAAGAAACAUAUCCCCCUGGAAAUAUUGACCUCAGUUGUUUAGUUUUCUUUUUAUGCAGUUGAGGAUGGGUGUGCAGCUUUCAUUAUUCACAAUAACGCACAGGGAACUCAAUUAGACAAAAUUACAAAUGUCACAUGGUCACCUGGUUAGUUCUGGGGUCCUGCUCUGAACUCAGUCAGUAAUAAUUGAAUUAAAGACUAUUAUACAUUUCUUUGUAAUAAGGCUUGUUUUAUUUGCGUUAAUUUUUUAAUACCUGCUUGUCUUGAUGUCAGACAAAUGUAGAGUAAAACUGACUUCUGUUUCUUCCUGCUGCACACAUGGUUUGCCUCUGCUUCAAAGGAUUGUGGGAAUUUGACAUUUAAAAUGCAUGUGAUCAAAAUGAUGAUUUGAAUAAAGUCUCAUCAUUUUGUCCAAAGCAGUGAAAUCCCCACUUUAUCAGACUAUUUAUGUCUUAUGUAUUUAGAGAAACACUGAUCUUUAUGUUCAUUUAUUUUAUUUUGGUUUAUCCAAAAUGUAAAAAAAAAAAAUGCUUUUGGCAAUGUACUACUCGAUCAGCUGGCACAAAUGACAACACACAUAUAUAUAUAUCUAUUUGUGUGUGUAUAUAAAUAAACAUUUUGCAAACCCA